AUGACUGAGACCGAGACCGUGACUGCCGUAGAGUCGCCCGCCGAGGCCAUCGUCAUUCCCUCGGCGGAGCCCGUUGUCGCCGACUCUCCUCCGGUCGCCGACCAUAAAACCACAAAGAAAGAUGAAGUUACAGAAAAGAAUUCAACAAGGAAAACCAGUCCUCUUGCGCGACUUCUCAAGUCGCCUGCAGCUCUCGAUGACUUCAUUCUACACCUUCAUCGUGUCAUUCGCACGCGCCAGGGCACAGAUACUGUCCUUCUCUUCACAACUUAUGUCGCUCGUUUGAUCGGAGCCAUUCUCGACAUUCUCGGCCGGACUACUCUUCGUCACUCGGCUCGUAAGAUUGUCGAGAUGGCAUUUAAGAUACCACCUUCGACUUCUGUCGUAUUGUCCACUGCGACUGCGCCGCCUCUUGCGACGCUGGCUCUCGGCCUGUCGAGAAAUAUCCAGGGUUUCACAAACAUGAUGGGCGAGUGGCGCACCAUGAACCGUUUCUGGGGUAUCAUUGGAACAUAUCUCGAGGCCAGAGAUCUUGUCCUGCGCUUGCGUGGUGAAGCGGUUGACGAGAAGGGUCAAAAGCUAGCUGCUCCCAACAAGGUCAACGUCGCUUUCAUGACCGUCCAGAUUCUCUGCAACUUCGUCUAUAACAUCGGCGAGGGAGCCUGUUGGUUGACAUGCAAGGGCGCAACCAACUUGUCAGAGAAGACCAGUGCAAAGCUCGGUUUAUAUGCUGCUCGCUCAUGGAGUGUCUGGGUCGCUCUUGAGCUUGUUCGUUUGCUGGUUGAACGUGCACGCAGGACGCCCAGCGGCGAUGUCACCGCUGAGGAGGAGUGGAAGUCGGAUUGGAAGGCUAACUUCAUUGCCACUCUUCCCUGGAUGCCUCUGUCGGCUCACUGGGGCACUGAGCAGGGUCUCAUGCCUGAGAUUGCGGUCGCGACUAUUGCUACAUUGCCAGCGACCAAGAUGAUGAAAGAUCUGUGGCGUCAAACAGCUUAG